CCUCUGGAAGGUCGAUCUAUACACUAGAUAUACCGCUAUAUUACUGAAGCCAAACUGCUGUAAUUACCUAAGGGUGUAACCUAUGGGACAUUUACAGCCGCUAAGUAUUGCCUAUUGGCAUUCCUUAGUGCAUAGGCAAUGGAUGCCAUCAUUCCGCGCAUUUGGCACUGGAAGCUUUUUACAGUCGAGGCUACGGACUAUCAGGGAAAGAGCGCUAUCGCAGCAAUUGGAUUGGCAUAACAUGGUCAAAACGGAUACGUCAUACGAGCGGCCUAUACCACCAGCAGGAUUUAAAGAAAUGUGCCGCCAGCCCUUUGGACGGACUACCACUUCGAAUCAGAAAGUAAUACCUGCUUUAGACGACCAAUUGCUGGACACUGGCUACGCAGGGGCCCUGGAAGUCUUGGAAAUAGACCACUAUGGCACUAUAUCAGUGGAGCAUGGUAAUAUACUAGAAAUGGAUGCAGAUGCGAUACUGAUUGGGGUACCACCAAACCUGACGCCAUAUGGAGGCCUAGGACUACAGUUACUUGAGCGCGGUGGGAAGAAGCUGAUCACCGCACUGGUUAAAAGAGCAAAAGCCAUAAUCGCAGAGCGCAUGAAGGCAAUUGAAGAUAUGCGCGAGCAAUUCAAAUCACCAAAGGAGUAUGAAUCGGCCAUUAAGGAGUUCAAGGCACUGCAAAUAGGUGAUGUCAUACUCACACCGCCAUUUGGAGCCACCAGGGCCACUGUAAUAGGAUUCGUCAUCACACCGUUUUUCUUAGAAACCAGCUCUAGAGAUGCUGUGCUCAAGGUUAGACAUGUGGUCAAAACUGCAUUGGAACAAGUUAAUCGCAUGGGAAUUUCCAAUUUGUUAAUGCCGCUUCUAUCGGAUUCCAUUAGCGGCUACGAGCCCAUUAAAGGCGCACAAGCGACAAUCGAAGAGGCAUACGAAGUUAUCACGCAAGCCGAUAGCCCAAAGCCAGUAUACGCCAUCAAGCAGCUGCGGCUAGUGCAUAAACAACUUGGUGAAGCACGCAAUAUUGCAAAGGCACUGAUAGAAGUAGCCCAUGAGAAACGGCCUGAAUUAGAGGUACAACCGGCAGCAGUAUACUUCAGCAGGGCUACACAGAGACUGAUUGAGUUUGAUGAGUCAGUGCUCAAGUUCUGCAGCCAAACGAGCAAGAUAACAUACAAGAAACAUAGUGUAGUGCGCAAGAGCAAGCGGAUGCAUUGGAUACGCAAUAUCAAGCCAUAUGUAUGGCGACCUGGUAGAUACAACGCUCCUCCACCGUUGCUAGUAUACAGAGCAACCGGUACACCGGCACAUUUCCAAUUAGGGCCACGACCGUUCUACAAGGAUAAAUUGUCACAUGUCCUGUUCCCACUUCUACGAAAGCCGAUAAAGGCCACACGAAUAAGCUUGAAGGGGCGUUUGGUAGGACAACCUAAACAAGACCCUAUUUUCAGACAAUGCGUAGAACUAUAGUAACACAAAG